AUGCCUCGGGGCCCAGACGGGCACCGAGGCAUUAAGGGGCAGCAGGAAUGCAGGUGGCUGGGCUCGGGCACCCAGGGUUUGGGGAGGUGCUGCUCAGCCCACCCUGACCUCAUCCCUCACCUUGGCAGGUUCUGUGGCCACCAGCUGCCACCCCCCCUGACCUCCUCACGACACGUCAUGACCGUCCUGUUCGUGGCAGAUGAGGGAGUAGCAGACAACGGGUUCUUUGCCACCUACCAAGCCCGCAAUGCCACAGAGAAGACGUGCAGCCCCGCAGAGUUCUCCUGCAGGAACGGCGAGUGCCGGGCGCUGGAGUCGGUGUGUGACGGCUGGCACGACUGUCCCGACGGCACCGACGAGCUCAACUGCACCGGGGUGUCCUACCCAGCCUUCGGGUCUGUCUGCGAGCCCGUGCACGUGGAGAUGUGCCUGGGGUUGGGCUACAACGCCACCUCCUUCCCCAACAUCUGGCUGGCCAUCCCGGACCAGGAGGGAGCUGCCGAGGUGCUGCAGGACUAUCAGACGCUGAUGGAGCUCCCGUGCUUCCAGCACCUCCGCCUGCUCAUCUGCAGCCUCUUCGUGCCCAAGUGCACCCCGGACGGGGGGGUCCUGCAGCCCUGCCGGGCCGUGUGCCUGGCGGCAGAGCUGCGCUGCAAGCAGUCCCUCGGCCUCCUGGGCAUCCUCUGGCCCAUCAACUGCAACAUCCUGCCCGACUCCAACGACCCCGUGGAGUGCUUCCAGCCCUGA